AUGUCAGAAUCUGAAAUACUACCGGAUGAUUUCAAAGAAUAUAUAAUAAAAUGGGUGGAAGCUGAUGCAAUUGAAGCUACUAGAAAUGGUUCCAAAAUGGCUAUAUUAUAUAAUAAAAUUUUAGGUCAAGUUAAAAGAACUAAUGAACCAAUUGAUAGUACCAAAAGUUUAAAACAAAUUAAAUAUAUUGGGAUUAAGACAGCAUUAACUUUAAGUAAUAGAGUCGUUCAAUUAUGUAAAGCAAAUGGUUGGGAACCACCAAUAGGAUUUAUGGAUGAAGCUGCUGCUUAUGAAAGAACUUUAAAUAAAGUUGAUCAAACUAUUACUGAAGAAACAAGUACGCGUCCAACAAAACGCGCCCGUACAACUGCAAGUUAUGUACCAAAACAUAGAUCAGGUGGAUUUGCUAUUAUGAUUACUUUAUAUUUGAAAGAUCAAGAAAGCAAGGGAAUGACAAGAGAACAAAUUACUUCAACGGCAACUGCAUAUUGCGAUAAAUCUUUUACUGCUACAAGUACUGCAUUUCAUUCAGCUUGGGACUCAAUAAAAACCUUAAUGAAAAAAGAUUUAGUUUAUAGUACUGGUAGAUCACCAAAAAGAUAUUACUUAACAGACGAAGGGAAAGAAUUAGCUAGUCAAUUGAAAACUGCUGUUGGUAUUCCUUCAUCUCCAAUUCAAUCAAAUUCAGUUGCGAAUUCAUCAUAUGAUAAUGGUGUUAGAUUUGAAUCUAGUUUCGAUAAAUCAUCACCGGUAACUUAUAGAAAUUUCGAUAUACUUGAAUCAACAAGACAACAAGCCCCCGUUAGAUUAUAUAAUCCUGCUCAUAAUAGUAGAUUAAUAACUGAAACACUUUCCAAUAGAUCAAACUCGCAUGAUGCUGUGAAUAGAAGUUAUGAUGGUGUACCGUAUGAAAUUUGGACAAAAGAUGAGUAUGAGGUUUUUUUAUAUAUUGAUAAUAGAGAAGUUAGAGCCCAACAAGAAAGAGAUUUUUUCCAAAGAAAAUUAAAAGGUCAUGAUGUCAAAUGUGAUGUAAAAGCUUUAUCAUGUGGAGAUACAGUUUGGGUUGCACGUAAUUUAAAAACUGGUAAGGAAGCUAUACUAAAUUAUCUUUGUGAAAGAAAACGAAUUGGUGAUUUAUGUGAUUCGAUAAAAGAUGGAAGAUUUCAAGAACAGAAGAAUAGAAUGAAAAAAUCAGGCAUGAAACAUUGUUAUUACCUAGUGGAAGAUGUCUCAAUUGUUAAAGAAAGAGUUUAUUCAAUUUUAGAUUCAAUUCAAACUGGUAUUGCUCAAACAAUGACAAAUGCAAAAAUUUAUUUGAAAAGAUUCAAAGAUAUUGACGAAACAACCGAUUUCUUAACAUCACUAACUGGAGUUAUAAAGGAUAUACAUAAACAUAAAAAUUUAAUCAUUAUUAAACCAACAGAUAUUUCAAAUCAAGAACAAUAUGUUGAUAUUUUGAACAAAUUCAGGGAAAAAUUUGAAAGAAAAGAAAAUUACGAAUGCAGUCAUUUAUUUUCAAAUUUCCAAGAAAUGAUGGGUAAAACUACUCAAAUGACUGUUAAAGAACUAUUUGUAUUAAUGUUGAUGACUAUAAAAGGUUGUUCAUUAGAAAAAGCUAUAGUCAUACAAAUAAGAUUCCCUACUCCCAAAAAAUUAUUAGAAUUUUAUCAUCAACAACAUAGUUCUUGUCCUAUUGAAACUAAAAAAAAUUUAAUGUUUGACGAAUUUAAAAAUCAAGUAGGUAAUAAAAAAAUUGGUAAAGUCUUGCUGGAAAAGAUUUACGAUGUUUGGGGUGUAUAG